AUGUCUGAUGGGGGUGGCUUCACCAUUCUUGAGGUGGAGUGGACCCCGCUCACGCACGAUGAGCUCAGACUCCGGCGUUCCGGCGGAAUACGUCGCGGAACGGCUCGCGCCAGCCGCGCCGCAUCCCGACUUUCCCGAGACCGCUGCGCAUCGGCUCGCCGCCGGGAAACAAGAAAACCAGCAGCCGACCUCGAAGCAGGGAAGUCCGUCCCCGAAUACCUGUGGGCAGAUAUCCCGGAAGAACAUCUGGGGAAGACGCUUAUCGAUCCGGAUCCCUAUUACCAAGAUAAGAAUACCUAUGUUGUGCUCGACAAAAAUAAGCAGAUAUAUCGGUUUUCGGCGACUAAGGCGUUGUGGUGUCUGGGUCCUCUAAACCCGCUGCGGCGCACCUGUUCACGAAUCUACACUCAUUCUGUAUUCAACAACCUAAUUAUGCUUACUAUUUUAACGAAUUGUGGCUUUAUGAUUAAAGAAGAUCCGCCACAAUGGGUCAACGACUAUGUUGAACGCGUUUUCCUUGCUAUUUAUACCCUCGAAAUGACGGUGAAAAUUUUGUCACGUGGUAUGGUGCUCGCCAAUUUCACCUAUCUGCGCGAUCCGUGGAACAUUUUAGAUAUUUCUGUUAUUCUCACAGCUUACCUGGACAUCGUGAUUGACUCCUUCAGUACACUCGCUAACAAGGAUAAGAAAGAUGGAGAGGCCGAAGCUCCCAGUCAAAUUCCUGGAAUGGCAGCUCUUAGGGCAUUUCGUGUUCUGAGAGCGCUCAAAGCCAUAUCCGUCAUCCCGGGAUUGAAGACGAUCGUGUCCGCUUUGAUAGAGUCCGUCAAAGCGCUCAAAGAUGUCAUGAUUUUAACGCUUUUCGGACUCACGGUUUUUGCUCUCAUCGGUCUCCAGCUGUUCAUGGGCUCGCUCAAGCGCAAGUGCAUCAAGGAAUGGCCGGGCCACUUCAUUCAUGGAUCGAGUUGGAACUACAGCGAUGACCCGAACUACAAUCACCAGCGCGAGCCGGCGAUGGAAUGCGAACUGAACGCUGUCUGUUCCGAGUGGCCCAAGUUCGAAGUGGACGAGAACGGCGACUACCCCAAAUUCGAAGACUGGGUCCUCGACGAGUGCAACUACUGCAAUGUCAACGGAAAAGUCCAACUCUGCGGCAACACCACCGAUGCCGGACACUGCGAGCGCGGCUUUAUUUGCCUUCCGUAUGGUGACAACCCAGAUUAUGGAUAUACGAGUUUCGACAGCUUUUGGUGGGCGUUCUUGUCGCUAUUCCGACUUAUGGUGCAGGAUUAUUGGGAGAAUCUCUAUCAACUGACAUUGCGAACGAAUGGAAAAGUCUACGUGUUAUUCUUUAUCUUUGUAAUCUUCCUGGGUUCCUUCUACCUCAUCAACUUGAUCCUCGCCGUCGUCGCGAUGGCCUACGAAGAACAGCAUCAAAUCGUAGCUGAUGAGGAGAAACGCCAAAAAGAACUUAUGGAGAAGCGCAAAGCCGAGCUGAGCCAGCUGCUGGAAGAAGUGGAAAAGACGGAACAAGCCAAGUCGAGGAAGCCGAGUGUGAACACGCCGACCCCGUCAGGAGAACAUCUCAGCAAUCGCGCCAGCGAAUGUCCAUGGAAAGUGAACAUUCGAAGGGGGCGGGAUCGCUUGUCGCCCAAGACGAACGGCUCGGCGAACACGAACUCGGACAGCAGCACGAACAGGGCAGCGAGCGGCAACGGGACCGGCGGCGUCGACAACGGUAAAAACGGGAGUGUGCAGAUUGAACGACGUCCUUCAAUCGCAGGCAAAGCGCUAAACGCAAUGAAACGUUGCACUAAACGCAGCGGGAAGCUUUCGACAACUACCCAGCACGAGAAGAAAAAUACUGUUGCAGAUUGUAACGGUGUCGUCUCCAUCAUCUCGAAACCCGACAUCAUCGUCACGGAGCCCAAGGACAACCAGCUAGUGAACAACAACCAGGGCUCUCGUCCGUCGUCGCCAUCAGCUGAUCGCCUGGCCGAGCCAGAACUGAAGGUCAUCAAGCAGCGAGCUUUGUCCCAGCACUCGAUUUUGACGCAAAAUGAGGAUUUGGGCGACCAGCGAUGUCCGCCCAAUUUCUACAUUUGGACGAAUCGGCUCCUCAUUUGGAACUGCUGCCCGCUCUGGAAUCGCUUCCAAAAGCUCUGCUCGAUGAUCUGCAAGGAUCCCUUCUUAGACCUGUUCAUUACGCUGUGUAUCAUUGCGAACACCGUCUUCAUGGGGCUGGAGAAAAGGCCGAUGGAGGAGGAUUUCGAGAAGAUGCUGCAAGAUGCAAACACGAUUUUCACGUUGAUUUUCGCGCUCGAAAUGGUCAUCAAGCUAAUCGGCCUGCAUCCCUACUACUAUUUCCAAGACACGUGGAACAUCUUCGACGCGUUCAUCGUGACAAUGUCGCUGAUGGAAUUCAUCUUGGUCAACGUCUCCUCGUUUUCAGCACUGCGAACAUUCCGACUCAUGCGAGUCAUGAAGCUGGCCAAGUCCUGGCCGACGCUGAACAUGUUGAUGAAGAUCAUCAUCAACGCAAUGGGCGCCUUGGGAAACCUCAUUCUAGUCCUGAUUAUCAUCCUCUUCAUCUUCGCCGUCGUCGGCAUGCAACUCUUCCACGAAAAGUACAAGAACCAAAUCAACAGCGCCACGCACGAUCAGGACAGACCAAGAUGGCACAUGGCAGAUUUCUGGCAUUCCUUCUUGAUUGUCUUCCGAAUCUUGUGCGGAGAGUGGAUCGAAACAAUGUGGGAUUGCAUGCGAUUUGCGCGCGAUACUGAUGACAAGGAAUCGACCUACUCGAUGGUCUGCAUUCCCGUAUUCUUGUCCGUGCAGGUCAUCGGCAACUUGGUCGUGUUGAAUCUCUUCCUCGCCUUGCUUUUGAGCUCGUUCUCUGCUGACAACUUGGUUUCGGAAGGAGAUGACGCUGAGCCAAAUUCAAUCCAGCUCUCGCAAGAGCGCGUGCAGCGAUGGUGUGCCAUUGUCGUGCGCAAGAUCAACAAACUGUUAUUAACGUGCAAGGGCAAAGCGAUGCUGAUGAGCGCGCCGCACUCUCCUGGUCAGGAGGAAGGUCACCACGGCGAGGUCUUCUCCGCCUCCGAGCAACAUCGAAACGGCGUCUCGGUCAUCAAUCCGUCCGAAGAGCUGCUGAAGCAGGACAACAGGAGCGAUUCUGUGCUAGAUCCGACGAAGAGUAAUGCGCUUGUGGCUGUCAAAUCGAGCCCAGUCAAGCCUCCUAAGGCCGAGCCUGAGCACGACGAGCAAUCAGAAGACACGGACACUUUCACCGAGUCGGAUUCCGACGAUUCCGACAGCGAUGACAGCGACUCGUCCUCUUCGAUUUCGCAGGCGGACAUGCCGAAAGAACAGUCGAACGUCGCCCCCGCGCCGGAUCCAGACAUGGAAGGCUCCCAAAAGCAGUCGGAAAUGGACGAGGAGCCGCUUCCGUCGGACUGCUGGCCGGAUAAGCUCAAAAACAAGUUCGCGUUCCUGAACCCAGACGUCUCGCAAGGCAGUUGCCUAGUGAUUUACAAUGCCCGAAAGACGUCCUAUCGCAUUAUUGAGCAUCCGUGGUUUGAAAUGUUCAUUGUCUUGAUGAUCAUGCUUUCCUCCAUCGCCCUGGCCUUUGAAGACGUCAACCUGAAGGACAAGCCUCAGCUCCAACGAGGCUUGAAGUACUCGGACAAGAUCUUCACCUACGUCUUUAUUUGCGAAAUGGUGCUCAAGUGGAUGGGAUACGGAUUCAAGAAAUACUUCACCAAUGCCUGGUGCUGGCUCGAUUUCGCGAUUGUCUCGGUGUCUAUUGUUUCGUUGACGGCAGAAUUACUCGGUAAUGGGCAAAUGGCUUCCAUCAGGUCGCUGAGGACGCUGCGAGCGUUGAGACCGCUCCGCGCUCUUUCGCGAUUCGAAGGGAUGAAGGUCGUCGUCAACGCUCUCGUCGGCGCCAUUCCUUCCAUCGGAAACGUCUUGCUCGUCUGCUUGAUCUUUUGGCUGAUUUUCUCGAUCAUGGGAGUGACGCUCUUUGCUGGCAAGUUCCGCAAAUGCAUCGACAUUGAAACGGGCGAGAAACUGGAGCCGGAGGUGACGAUUGUUAUUGACGGAAACAACUACGUUUUGGAGAAGCUGUCCAAGGACCUGUGUCUCCACUUGAAAACCGUCACAAACGGCCGUUAUCGCUGGGUCAACAGUAAAAUCACCUUUGACGAUUCGAUGUCCGGCUUGCUCGCCUUGCUGCAAGUAGCGACAUUCAAGGGCUGGGCGCCAAUCAUGUACGACGCUGUAGAUAUCACGGAGACGGACAUGCAGCCAAGAUAUGAAGAAUCGCUCAUGUUCUACGUUUUCUUCGUCAUUUUCAUCAUCUUUGGUGCCUUCUUUACUCUUAACUUAUUUAUUGGUGUUAUCAUCGAAAACUUCAACCAGCAGAAGAAGGCGCUCGGUGGCCAGGACAUCUUCAUGACGGAAGAACAGCGCAAAUACUACAACGCGAUGAAGAAACUCGGAUCGAAGAAGCCGCAGAAGCCCGUGCCAAGGCCAAAGAACAAACUUCAAGCCUGGACAUUCGACAUCGUGACGCACCAGACGUUCGAAAUCACGAUUAUGAUUCUGAUCCUGUCGAAUAUGAUCACGAUGUUGGUGGAGCACGAGGAAAUGAGCCCCAACUUCGAGUCCGUUCUCGAGUUCAUCAACUACAUCUUCAUUGCCAUCUUCACGGGCGAGUGCGUGCUCAAGAUGUUCGCCCUGCGGCACCACUACUUCCGCAACCCGUGGAAUUGCUUCGAUUUCGUCGUUGUGAUCCUGUCGAUCAUCGGUUCGACGCUGUCCGAGUUCAUCAAGCAGUACUUCGUCCAGCCGACGCUGUUCAGAAUCAUCCGUCUCGCCCGAAUCGGCCGUAUUUUGCGUCUCAUCCGCGGCGCCAAGGGCAUCCGAACACUCCUCUUUGCCUUGAUGAUGUCGUUGCCCGCGCUGCUCAACAUUGGACUGCUCCUUUUCCUGGUGAUCUUCAUCUACUCGAUCUUCGGAAUGAGCCAGUUCGCGUAUGUGAAGAGGGAUGGCGGCCUUGAUGACAUGUUCAACUUUUGCACCUUUCCGAACUCGUUCCUCUGCUUGUUCAUGAUCACUACGUCAGCGGGUUGGGACGGUCUACUCACGCCGAUGCUAAACACCCAGGCUCCGGACUGCGACCCGCACAUUGAGAAUGGGAAUCCCUCGAAGAACGGAAAUUGUGGCAACUAUGCCCUCGGAGUCGCAUUUUUCUGUACCUAUCUUGUGAUGACCUUCCUCAUCGUGGUGAACAUGUACAUUGCGAUUAUCUUGGAGAAUUUCGGCGUCGCCACGGAAGAAUCCGCCGAUCCGCUGUCGGAAGAUGACUUUGAGAUGUUUUACGAGGUCUGGGAGAAUUACGAUCCCAAGGCGACGCACUACAUUUCAUACGAGCAGCUCUCCGACUUUUGCGACUCGCUGGAGGACCCGCUUCGUGUGCCUAAACCAAACCGCCUUACGCUUAUCACGAUGGACUUGCCCAUGGUCAUGGGCGAUAGGUUGCAUUGCUUAGAUGUCCUAUUCGCCCUGACGAAACGGGUUCUUGGUGAUUCGGAAGAACUAGACAUGUUACGAGUGCAAAUGGAAGAAAAGUUCAUGGCGUCGAAUCCUUCGAAGGUGCAAUACGAGCCGAUCACGACUACUCUGCGACGCAAGCAAGAAGAAGUGAGCGCAGUGCUGAUCCAACGCGCUUGGAGAGAGUACCGCGCCGCUGCCACUUUUACCCAGCAAACCAUGACAGAAGGAAAAAUAGGGCCAAGCAAGUCGACGGAAAAUGUGCAAGUUAUAUCAGAACCAGUGUGA